ACAGUGACAAUAACAGACAAAAGCCCAGAAAAAAAGAGGGAGAAAUGUCUUCUAGCACCCCAAUGAUACGUUUAUUUCAGUUUCUUGUUGACUUAUGCACUUUGCACAUUGGUUGUUUCUCUUUAAGACUUCAUCCUCCACCUCCAACAAUUUUUUUUCGUAAUGGAGGGUACCUCAAGCCUCAGGAUGAUUGAAGAACUUCAAGAAGCGUCAAUGGAUAUGGCUAUAGCAGAAGCUCCAAUGAUUGGCCUUCAGACAACGGAAGAAAACAUUGAAAGUUCAAUAUGCAAUGCCAUGGAAGAUGAAGAAGCUGAAAAUGAGGAGACUAUCUGCCAAACUUCUUCAGAUACAGGAGUCAUUAACAUGAGUUCUAGUUAUGUAAUAGUAGGCCUAACUGAAAGACCUGCAGCCAAUGCAACGGCAGAUGCAGUUCAAAACGAUCAAUCAAUCUGCCAAGGUUCUGCAGAACCUGGACCGGUGACGGACACGAGUGUUAGUGACAUAGUCGUUAAACCUAUGGAAAUUCAUCUUCCCUACAGCAUCUCCAGAAUUAUUUUGACAAUUCAAAAAUUAACCAAGGACAGCCGAACAUUGGUGGUACAAAAGAUUCCUGAUUCAUAUGAAAUUUCUUCUGAAUUUUUUGGUCACAAAUUCAAUGAAGAUGAUGUUUUUAAUCUUCAAGAGAACACGAAAUUUUACGUUAUGUCUGUACGGGAGAGCAAGACUGAAGAAUGUUUCAUUUUUACCAUACGUGAAACUGGCCAAGUCGUAAAUGUGAAAAUUCGUACAUUGAACCAUGGCCUGCUCUAGUUGUACGGCUGUGUGGGCCAAAGAGAGGUUUUCCUGCCCCUUCCCUGUUACCAUAUAGAACAAAGAACAUAAUAGCCAGAAAAAAUGAAAAUGUUGAAGUGGUAUUAUUUAUCUUAUGUUGAAUGAUUCACAUAUUUCUUAGUUACAAAUGUUGUAAAAUUUAUUGUGAUUUCUGUUUGGGGAUUUAAAUUGUAAUAAUCUAAUUUUUAAAUAAAAUUAUAUUUGGGAUUUAAAACAA